UCUCUCUGUCAAGAAUCUAUACUAAAAAAAUUCUAGCAAGCUUUAGAUGAAGGAUGCGAGUUCCUGCUUGUCUUUGACCAAGGUGAUUUCUCUGAGGAUGGCACCUCGCUCAUCUCCGAAAUGUUCCUUCGAAAUCCGAAAGAAGUGCUUUCCAAGGAUUUACAAACACCAGUAUCAGCGUUCGAUAACCUUCCGACUGAUCAGCUCUACAUUUUCACUGGUACACCUGCGCCAGCUAAUAUUUCGGAGCAAAAUAUCACGGGACCAGCGGGCAUCUUACCUUACGAUCAGUCUUAUACAUACCACUUUUCUCAACAAGAACCUUACGUUGUCCCUGGUGGAUCUGUCAAGAUCAUUGACACAACUACGUUCCCUAUUGCGAGUAACUUCGCUGCAGCACUAGUGACUGUGCAACCUGGUGCGAUGCGGGAGCUACACUGGCAUCUCAACUCAGACGAAUGGAACUACUUCCUCCAAGGGUCGGCUCGAAUCACCGUCUUCGCUGCUCCUGAGUCGUCCCGCACUUUUGAUUUCACGGCUGGUGAUGUUGGAUACAUUCCCGCAAUCAACUCCCAUUUUAUCGAGAAUACAGGGACAGAAGAUGUCAUCUUCCUUGAAGUUCUGCAGCAGCCGAAGUUCACGGACAUCAGUGUAGCCCAAUGGUUGGCACUGACACCCAGACAGAUAAUCAAGGAUACAUUACAUUUGCCUGAUGAGACCUUAGACAAUUUGCCGCAAUCAAAAUCAUACAUCAAAACCGGGAAUAAAAACAUGACGGCUUUGGCUGCAAAUCCAAAUGGAACCGCAGCGUAUGAGCCUGCGAACUAGGUCGAGGCAUAUUAGGAAUUGUUGCUGGAGAGGAUGCCUUGCAUUAGACAUUAACUAAUACGUUUCUCUGCAUCGUAGAGAAUAGUAGUUUUAGAAUAGAAAAGUUCAACGAG